AUGCAAGCUGUUAGUGAAUGGACACAUUGUGCAACAGGUAUAAUGAAUAUGAGCUAUUUAGAUGUAGAAAUAUCAAGCGGGAGAUGUUUGGCCAAUGAAGUGGAUAGUCAGGUGGAAAAAGCCGCAAGAAUAUCAGGCUGUUUGCGUGAUACCAGCAUAAGAUCCAUACUCACUUACGCGGCAGAAACGAGAUCGGAGACAGCAGAAACCAAGAGAAAAAUGAGAACAACUGAAAUGAAAGUAUUGCGAACUAUAAGAGGGAUAACGCUGAGAGACCGAAUACGCAAUACGGAUACUCUGCGAGAGUUGGGAGUACAGGAUGUUGUAAGAUGGGUGAAAGAAAGGCGCCGCUUUUGGAGGGAUCACGUAGAUCAGAUGGGUCCAGAUCGAAUUGCAAAGUGGGCCAAAACACAGAAACCAGGGAAUAGACGACCAGUUGGUAGGCCCCAAAAACUUUGGAUGAUAGAAUUGACAGGACUCCGUCUUAUUACAAGAGGAAGAAGAAGAAGAACAUGA